CAAAUUAUCUAAGAAAUACGGAAGUAGGGAUUUUUAAAUAUGCUUAAUUGGUAACCGUCAAAAAGACAAACAAUCACUGCUUUAAAGAAGUCCAAAUUAUAAUAAAAUAUUCCAUUUCACCCUUUUAUAAUUAAAAAUUUGUGUACCAUAUUUUUCCAGUGUGUAUGUUUCAAACUUUACAAGACUGCACGUUCUUAUUUAUUUCGGCUCGUAUUUACGAAUUGCUGCACCCACGUAACCUCUCGUCAUUUCAUGUGUUGGAGCUAUGACACUUGCACAGAACACGUUGUUAAGAUCUACUGCUAGGAUACAUCCCUGAUUACGAACAUCCAAACACACUGCGACGAGUACACAAUCCAGUCCAACCACACUCUUGCCUAAUUUAGAUAAGGAGUCAUGCAUAUCUUCAGUGCUUCGUAAGGCAUCGAGAUGGCUGCUACCCACCGGGAAACCGAGCCUAUGCUGCAGCCAAGGGUCAGAUCCGCGGGAUAUGAAACUUUCGAAGAGCCGAAGUUUUAUCUUUCUUCUACAAGUGGACCAGAGUCGGAAGAAAGUGAUUCGAAGAGACUGCUAGAGAUUACUGCUGCGGAUUACACAAGUUCAGAGGAUGCGACUUCCUGUCUGCGAGACGCCUGCAAGGGCGUCAGGACGCACCCAGCAAGACUUUGUGUGUCCCGCUGUAUCGUGCUGCUGUGUCUGGUGCUCCUAUUUUGGGGAAACAUGUUCAUCAUGGCGGGAAAUGCAGCGGGCCCAGAGGGACAGCUUUUCAGAAUUGGUGUCCUUGGUAUUGCGGCGCACCUAACCGGCGCUGUCUUGCACCCCAUCGGAGUGCCUCCACUCUUUGGCAUGCUGGUGAUGGGCAUCGUGCUCCGAAACACGGGGUCCGUGGAACUCACGGGCCCUUACGAAAUCCUAGCAGCUGACAUCAGAAAGGUCGCCUUGGUGAUCAUCCUAAUCCGAGCGGGCCUUGGGCUAGAUCCAACGGCCCUAAGGAGAAUGGUUGGCAUGGUGGUCAGGUUGGCAGUGUUACCUUCGCUGGCAGAAGCCUUAUCGACAGCUGUGAUGUCGCACUUCCUGCUCGGCUUGCCUUGGGUUUGGGGCAUUUUGCUCGGAGCAGUGAUGGCAGCCGUAUCACCAGCAGUGGUGAUUCCAUGUCUCUUCAGUCUGCAGGACAGAGGUUACGGAAAAUCAAAGGGAAUACCGACACUGGUGAUCGCGGCUGCAACGUUUGAUGACGUCAUAGCUGUCUCUGCUUUUAGCGUUGUGCUGAACGUCAUAUUUUCCACAGAUAACCUGACAAAGUCAAUAAUACAAGGGCCCUUAGGACUGAUCUUUGGUUUCCUGUUGGGAAUUUUAUGGGGAUUGCUGAUUCGCUACAUUCCAGAGAGACAAGAUCGCUUCCUGGUAAUCCUGAGGACACUGCUGCUGGGUGGAGGCGGCCUACUGCUACUUUUCGGCAGUGAGGCUGUCGGCUUCGCCGGAGCAGGUCCCCUGGGCUGCGUUGUGACAGCAUUCGUGGCGAACUGGGGUUGGAAAGCCCAAGGAUGGACCGAUGAAACUAAUCCUGUGUCAGAGAACUUCGCAGUCCUGUGGACCAUCUUCUACCCGUUUCUGUUCGGUUUAAUAGGCAAUGAAAUCGAUUUAUAUUUCCUGGAUCUUAAAAUCGUCGGACUCGGGAUCGCAUGCCUAGCAGUGUCGCUUACGGCGAGAAUAUUAAUUUCCGUCGUUGCAGCAUCUGGCGGUAAACUGAACUUGAAGGAGAAGCUGUUUGUUUCAUUGGCCUGGUUUCCCAAAGCAACUGUACAGGCCGCCAUUGGACCAGUUGCCCUUGAUACUGCGAGGAAAGUUCACUCAGCGGAAGCCGAGAUGUCCGCGAGUAUAGUGUUGAUUGUUGUUGUGCUGGCAAUCCUGAUCACGGCACCUGUUGGAGCCACCCUCAUCACAGUGCUCGGGCCCAGGUUGCUGCAACAUGAAGCCACACCCACACAAGAGGCUAGUUCUUCAGAGCGACCAGAUCCUGGCCCAUCAGGCCGCCGAAUUCCGUUAAAGUAAAAGUAUCCUGUACUUAAUCAAUUAAACGCCACAUCAUGAAUACCUAAAGGGAAGUGGAGGUGUAGCUUCGUCAUCUAGAUGAAGGUGAGUGGUCAGCUUCACGCCUCGGUCGGUUUAUUCCCUAAAAAACAUCCCCCAUUACCAAUUCUAUAGCAGGCUGUCUGGGCUAGUCUGAAAAUACGGAAGAAAGGAAACUCUUUUUCUCCUGUGCUGUGUCCCGAGUUCAUUACCUGAGGAAAACUUGCGGUUUAUAAAGCAUACAGGACAUUUAUAGUUGCAUUUACGCUUAAGUUACGGGACACUGUAGCUUAGUUGGUUGAGGCAUUAUGCUACAAGCCGGAAGGUCGCGGUUCAAGUUCCGUUGA